AUUUAAGCCGAAUUUCAUCUGAGGCUGAGCUUCAUUCUCAUUUUUGCUCUUUUAUACGCGAGGGGCGGAAAACAACUGAGGUCUCUUGCUUUCAGGGAUAGAGAGAGAGAGAAUCUGUUGACAAGGGCAGGAGGGGAAGAGACUCUUUUCUUACCGAAGCCUAAAAAGAUCAUAUUAAGAGAUGGCAGAAGCAGAGGAUAUUCAGCCCCUUGUUUGUGACAAUGGAACUGGAAUGGUCAAGGCUGGAUUUGCUGGAGAUGAUGCUCCAAGGGCUGUGUUCCCCAGUAUUGUGGGCCGUCCUCGUCACACUGGUGUGAUGGUUGGUAUGGGCCAAAAAGAUGCUUAUGUUGGUGACGAAGCCCAAUCCAAGAGAGGUAUUUUGACACUCAAGUACCCGAUUGAGCACGGUAUUGUCAGCAACUGGGAUGACAUGGAGAAGAUUUGGCAUCACACGUUCUACAAUGAACUCCGCGUGGCUCCAGAAGAGCACCCGAUUCUGUUGACUGAAGCUCCUCUUAAUCCCAAGGCCAAUCGUGAAAAGAUGACUCAAAUCAUGUUUGAGACCUUCAAUGCCCCUGCCAUGUAUGUCGCUAUUCAGGCCGUUCUCUCCCUCUAUGCCAGUGGUCGAACAACUGGUAUUGUUCUGGAUUCUGGUGAUGGUGUGAGCCACACUGUCCCCAUCUACGAAGGAUACGCUCUCCCACACGCAAUCCUUCGUCUCGACCUUGCUGGCCGUGACCUCACAGACCAUCUCAUGAAGAUACUCACUGAGAGAGGCUACUCCUUCACCACGACUGCCGAGCGUGAAAUCGUGAGGGACAUCAAGGAGAAGCUGGCUUACAUAGCCCUGGACUACGAGCAGGAGCUGGAGACUGCCAAGACUAGCUCCGCAGUCGAGAAGAACUACGAGCUGCCAGACGGGCAGGUGAUCACCAUUGGGGCAGAGAGGUUCCGCUGCCCGGAGGUCCUCUUCCAGCCGUCCAUGAUCGGGAUGGAAGCUGCCGGAAUUCACGAGACUACUUACAACUCGAUCAUGAAGUGCGAUGUGGAUAUUAGGAAGGAUCUGUAUGGGAAUAUUGUGCUGAGUGGCGGGUCGACUAUGUUCCCGGGCAUUGCAGACAGGAUGAGCAAGGAGAUCACGGCUUUGGCACCCAGCAGCAUGAAGAUUAAGGUGGUGGCCCCACCUGAGAGGAAGUACAGUGUCUGGAUUGGAGGUUCUAUUCUCGCCUCCCUCAGCACAUUCCAGCAGAUGUGGAUAGCCAAGGCUGAGUAUGAUGAGUCUGGGCCGUCAAUCGUCCACAGAAAGUGCUUCUAGAAAUGUAUGUGAUGGAAGUUGAAGAUGCUGCGGGUCGAUUGCUUUUUUCCUUGUGGAUUUCGUCUUGUUCUUGCCUAUGGGUCCUUUUCUUCUUUCUCUUCAGGUUGAGAAAAACAUUGGAUAUGGAGAAAGUACUCAAUUUAUUAUCCCACCUUUAAGUUUGUAGAAGAGUUGUGUAAUUUGAAAGGGCACUAAAUGUUUUUUUUAUUCAAGUUUUUGGAUGAUUGGACACCUGAGAUUUCUAUGGUGUGUUUAAUUAUCUGUUUAUUGGCUUUCUAUUUGCUACAUUGCCUUUGGUUUUUAUGAAGUAUGAAAUUCGUAUUUACAUAUAUCAUGUAAAAACUCUUAAUUAU